GCCAUGUCAGGAGCCUAGGCAGCGCACAACGAAGUUGCUACUGGCAAUGACCAUGAACUCCUUGCAACGGCUUCGCUACGUCCGACCCAAAAAAGAGCUUGCAUAUGUUCUAUUGUCUCGCUCAAAACACACACACCCUUCUUUUUCUUCUUCGGAUUCGGAGAUAACAACAACAACGAACCCGAAGCCAAAUGACAAUCUUUCCCCUAAAGAGCAAAAGCUGAUGCGGCAUUUCAAGAAAUGUUCCACCAUGAAAGAUAUAAACCAAAUCCAUGCCGAUAUUGUCAAGUCUGGCUUUGAAUGCAGUCUCUAUCUCAUCGGUAAGAUCAUCGUCUUCUGUGCUGUUUCAGAGCGAGGAGAUAUCGGUUAUGGUGUUUCAGUUUUUCAGAGAAUGGAAAACCCAGAUGGGUUUUCAUGGAAUACAAUGAUUAGGGGGUUUAUCAAGGCUAAUGAGCCACAAAUGGCGUUUGAUUACUAUAAAAGAAUGCAAGAGAAGGGAGAGGUCGCUGACAAUUUCACAUUCUCGUUCUUACUAAAGGGGUGUAGUCAGUUGGAUUUGGCUGAAUUGGGCAGGCAAAUGCAUUGUAGUACUAUAAAACUUGGGUUGGAGUCGCAUGUUUUUGUAAGGAACACUCUGAUUCAUAUGUACGGAAACAUGAAGCUCAUUGGAUAUGCACGUCAACUGUUCGACGAAAUGCCUAGUCCACAGCUGGUGGCUUGGAACACUAUUAUUGAUUGUCAUGUCUGUUGCGGCAACUGCAAAGAAGCGCUAGACCUGUUCUCUCUAAUGCGGGGAAGUUGUAUAGAACCGGAUGAUGCCACAUUUGUGGCGACACUCUCUGCUUGUUCUGCUUUGGGUGCAUUAGAUUAUGGGAGGAGGAUUAACUCCUGUAUCAAUCGUAGUAGAUUUCAUAGCGUUGUGCAGGUUAAAAAUUCACUCAUUGAUAUGUAUGUUAAGUGUGGAGCGGUUGAAGAAGCAUUUGAAGUCUUCAAUCAGAUGUGCAACAAGAAUACUGUCACAUGGAACACAAUGAUACAUGGCCUUGCAACACAUGGUCAUACGAAUGAAGCAUUGCUACUCUUCUCAAGGAUGUUGGAAGAAAAGUUCGUGACACCAGACGUUGCUACUUUCUUGGGAGUUCUUUGUGCUUGUAGUCAUGGAGGCUUGGUUGAAGAAGGCAAAAAAUAUUUCCAUAUUAUGAUCACGGACCAUGGAAUCAAACCAACGAUAAAGCACUAUGGUAGCAUGGUGGACAUUCUUGGUCGAGCCGGCUUUGUGGAUGAGGCAUACCAAUUGAUAAGGAGAAUGCCAACGGACAGCAAUGCAGUUGUGUGGAGGACAUUGUUGGCUGCAUGUCGGUUACACGGAAAUGUUGAGAUCGGGGAGCUGGCGAGUAGGCAUCUGCUGGAAUUGGUACCAGAUCAUAGCAGUGAUUACGUUCUCUUAUCAAACAUAUAUGCCAGCGAAGGGCAAUGGAAUCAAGUCCUGAGCGUUCGGAGAUCAAUGCACUAUAGAAGCGUGCAAAAACCCCAGGCCGGCAAUAGCUUCAUUGGCUUGCAUCCUAACGCAGAAUCAGAGAUGGACGUCACUGAGACUUCUUAUGAGACCAAAAACUAAGCAAACAAGGUAAAAUUGCUUACUCCUAUCGACUUGGUGAGGUUAAGAUUUUGGCACUCUUCCAUGGCCUUCCAAACAGAUUCUAAAUCAAGUGCAACAAUGUCUUCCUUCUGAAACGGAUAUUGAGUACCUGGCUUUAAGCUCCC